UUUGCUCUCGGAAUGAACCGCUAAACACAGAACAAAAUUUAUGGAAUAAUAACAUUUACAGUAUAAUGUUUGUUUGUGACGACUUUUUUCCGGAUCGAUCCUCUGAUAAGUACUGCUUAUUCUGAAUAUAUUUCUGAUGAAUCUGUUCACAAUGGACUCUGAUGACGAGCAGAAUAUCGACGAUGAAUCUUCGCCGGCUGUAGAAGAACGGGCUUGGUGCGGAGUUCCAAUGGACAUUAUUUAUCGCGGACUAGAUCGCUACGAGUUGAGCCAUUUUCCAGAGGUACGUCCAUCGGAAGACCACACUGUGCUGUAUAAUCUACCAGUGGAUCCUUGUGCUACUGAACCGCCCAAACCUCGUCGGUCUUACAAUAAGUGGGAUGCAAAUCACGUGCGCCUACCCUGCUCUCAUCGGAGCCAGUACCCGGUUGAACAAGACGAUGGCACUAGCACACUGGAAAGUCGCUGGGAAUUGGUUCAGAACGCUCUACUACAACCGAUCGCAAAUAGCCGUCAGCUAGAGAAGGCAAUAUUAUCUUACAAUACGAAAUAUGCCAGCACUUGGAAGUUCAAGUCACUACACAAACUUUUCGAAGAAGAAUUAGAUGAGGAUGAAAGUGCUGGAUUUUUUGAACGAACGCUGCCCAAAAUGAUACAGACAGCACUGGCGCUACCGGAAUUGGUUAAUGGAGCGAUUCCAUUGCUGAAACAAGGCUCCAAUUCGUCGAUUUCCCUAAGCCAGCAGCAGGUUGCCAGUCUGUUGGCGAAUGCGUUUCUCUGUACAUUUCCCCGUCGGAAUACGCAGAAGAAAAAGUCCGAAUACAGUUUGUUCCCGGACAUUAAUUUCAAUCGGCUGUUCCAGAGCGGUGGGCAAUCGGUGAUCGAGAAGAUAAAAUGUAUCUGUAACUAUUUUCGUCGUGUUUGCGCCCGGAUGCCCACCGGAGUGCUUACUUUUCAGAGGCGCUAUAUCAAUCCGAAGCAGUUUGUGGAAUGGAGCAAGUGUGGUGCCGUCGUUGCCAGGGAAACCGUGCCAGUUCAUAUUACAUCUGAGGGCACUAUUGAAGAUCAAGGGAGAGGACUGCUACAGGUGGAUUUUGCCAACAAAUAUCUGGGAGGUGGCGUCCUCGGCCACGGUUGCGUACAGGAGGAAAUCCGUUUCGUAAUUAAUCCGGAACUGUUGGUUAGUAAACUUUUUACGGAAGCUUUGAAGCCCCAGGAAGCACUAGUAAUGAUGGGUUCCGAGCAGUUUAACGAGUACAGUGGAUAUGCGUCAACAUUUACCUUCGCUGGGGACUUCCACGAUGAUACGCCACGGGAUGCCAGUGGGCGGAGAGAGUGUUAUAUUGUGGCAAUCGAUGCGUUGCACUUUGUGCAUAGUUCUCACCAGUAUAGAGAGGAAUUGCUUCUAAGGGAACUUAACAAGGCCUACGUUGGAUACUUUCAUCCGCUUUCAACUCCCGCCCCCGGAGUUGCAACCGGAAACUGGGGUUGUGGAGCAUUCGGUGGCGAUGCGAACUUGAAGGCGAUUCUGCAGCUGAUGGUGUGCUGUGUACUGAAUCGUCCAAUGGUGUACUAUACUUUUGGCGAUCGGGAACUGAGAAACCAAAUUUACGCUAUGUACACCUUUUUGGUGGAUAACAAAGUGAAAGUUUGUGAAAUCUGGAGAUCUCUAAAAGAUUUUAGGAAACACAAUCUUCCACCGAGUAAGCUCUACUCUUAUUUCUAUCAAGACUAUUACGAUCGAAAAAAUAACAAAAUAUCCUGCUUCAAUCUGAAAAGUGAGAACAAGGCUAAGCAGAAGUCUCCAGAACCGAAAGCAGCCAAACAAAGUCCGUUAGAUCGGGACCGCCUGGACGACGAAAGCUUGGCCAAUCUUAUGAAGGAUUUAGUCGACGACGAUGAUAUUCAACCGAAACAAUCUUCAUCAUCUGCUUCAGGUAAUCCGAGCUCCGGACGACACUCUGCUUGCUUGGAGCAGGAAAGGACUGUUGUAACUCCCUCACCGAAAAAAGCAGGACGAAUGUCGAUGAUUGCCGAAUUGGAUCGCAAUUACUACACGGUAGGACCUGGUCCAGCAAAAAAACUUUGUCCUUCAACGUCGCCACGUCCCCCGGUAGAUCCGAAAAAGGAAGAUGAUGGUGUAAAUGUUGUGGAUGAAGUUCGAAUCCAAAUAGAGGAUGAACAUGUUGAUCCCAUGCUGGUUGUCAAAUUAGCUGACGAAGAAAGUACGGUGGACGGUUCUAUACAGUAUGAGCAAGAAGUGGGCGAGUUUGUUGCGGGAACUCCUCCGAAAGAGGCAAGGAAAAGUAUUGGUGGGAACAAAAAGAUAUCGGAUUACUUUUAUAAAACUGGUCCUUCGUGAAUGUUAGUAAAAAUUGACGUUCAACGCAUCUCAGCGAAAGGGGCGGUGAGGAAACUAUAGCGGCAGUAUCAGCGAUUUAUAACUGUAGAGUGGACAUUUAUAACAAAAACAGCACGACAAUAAAAUUUAACGAGACAGAAGUGAAAAACAGAAUGGUAAGAGCAGUGUACCGCGUAUGUGGAAGAGGAUGAAGGCAUGCCGAGAGAAACAAUUAUGACUCAGUUGUGCAACGUCUAAAUCUUAGAACUCAAAAUAACUUGAACGAAACGGAAGAAUACGCUCCCCUAUACAUAUGCUGG